CCAGGAAUAACCAAUUUAGUUUCUUUGCUUCGCUAUAUCAACUAAUGACACUAACAGGAUAAAAUAAACCGGAUUGCCGAUAGCAUAAUAUUUACAUUAAUAAAUGCCUAAUAAGUAUAAAGACUAAAAUCACCUUCACCGGUGAUUGGAUGCGUUUCUAUCUCUAUGUAAUCCAAAUCCAUAUGUCCACCUGAUUUUUGCAUGCAAAAGGUUGAUAUUGCUCUACUAACAUGUUACUCAAAGUGAUAGUGAUUUUGUUGCCUUUAAUACAUGCAGCAAAAAGUGUGCGAAUUCUUGGCGUAUUUCCGUAUCCUGCUUACAGCCAUUAUCAACUGGGAGACAAAAUAUUAAAGGAAUUGGCAAGAAGGGGUCAUAAUGUUACUGUUAUCUCACCCUACGCCGAGGAUAAACCAGUGAACAAUUUUCAGCAGAUACUUUUAACAAAUACCAUUGCUGAAGCUAGGGGUUUGAAAAAGGAUUUAUUUACCAUUCACUCCAAGCUGAGUCCUUUAGAAAAAAUAUGGACAGUUGACACACUGGGCAUUACAUUCUCUGAAAAAACGCUAAACGACUCGAAAGUGCAGGCGCUUUUAAAGUCAAAUGCUGAAUUUGAUGCCGUUAUCGUUCACCAGUUCGCCACAGAGGCGUAUAAAGGAUUCUGUUACCACUUUAAAGCUCCUUGUAUAUCGGUGGUGACUAUGUUGGCCCCCAAUUGGAUAAAUCCGCAAAUGGGAAAUCCAGGACCGCCAUCGUAUGUGCCAGAAUUGUUCGUCGACUUGUCCUCCCCCAUGAGCUUUUUGGAAAGAUGCUACAACACAUUCGCUUUUUUAGCAGUGGCCCUGGUGACUCAUCUCUACACGCUCCCUAAGCACAAUCAAUUGCUGCAGACGUAUUUUCCAAACCCCCCAAAUAUUUACGAUGUGUAUUACAACUCUUCGUUAAUACUUGUCAACUCGCACCUAAGCAUAAAUUCCCCCGUGCCUUCUUUGCCGAACAUAAUUGACGUGGCAGGUUAUCACGUCAAUGAACCAAAGCCUCUUCCCGACGAACUACGAAACUUAAUGGAUAGGGCGAAGAACGGAAUAGUGUACUUUAGUAUGGGUUCCAAUCUUCAAAGUAAAGAUAUGCCAGUUGACAAACUAAAUAUGCUGCUAAGCGCUUUUGCCAAAUUAGAUCAAACCGUUCUAUGGAAAUGGGAGGACGAAAAUUUAGUAGGAAAAUCGGAAAACAUCGUCAUCAGAAAGUGGUGGCCUCAACAGGACAUUUUAGUGCACCCCAAUGUGAAGUUAUUUAUUACUCACGGCGGUUUACUGAGCACGAUCGAGGCAGUAUACCAUGGCGUACCCAUUUUGGGUAUACCAGUAUUUGGCGAUCAGGAAACGAACCUAGCGUCCGUUGUAAAGGGAGGGUACGGAUUAUCAGUGCAUUACAAUGAGCUAUCCGAGGACGCUCUCAGUUUUGCAUUAGAAGAAUUGCUGAAGAAUCCCACGUAUUCAAGAAACGUGAAACAACGAUCGAAAAUUAUGCACGAUCAACCAAUGCGACCAUUGGAUACCGCUAUUUAUUGGAUUGAAUAUGUAAUACGAUACCAAGGGGCCGAUCAUCUCAAAUCUGUUGCUCGAAGCUUAAGUUGGUAUCAGUACUUUUUAUUAGAUGUAAUACUCGCUUCGAUUGUAUUAGUUUACUUGCUAAUGUAUCUCACCAAAUGUUUGUUUCAUUUUGUAACCAAAAAUGUAAAUAGUAUUAAAGGAAAGCAUAAGGUCGCAUAAGCAA